UGGAUAUUUCCUCUUGCAGACACACCCACAUCGCUGGUGCUGAAGGACUACGUAAACCACGAGCUGGUGCCCAUCCUAACAAUGGACCCCAAUGGCGCCCGCCUGGCACCCACCCCCGCCCCCGCCUACACGCCCGCCAACACUUCGACGGGAAUGCCCGGUUCCGGCGAAGUGACCACUCCCGGCAACAGCUGCAUUGCCCACGGCAGCGACCCGGGCCUGGGCUACUCCUCGCUGAGCAGUCCGCUCCUCGACGUCCUGAACACGCCAACGGGAGCGAAUGCCUCCGGGGUCUACACGCUCGCUGAGGAAACGGAACUGGAGCUGCAGGAGACGCAGGUGGACAGGGAGCGCAUCUAAAAACGCCAACGACGAAAGUAUUUACCCGACGGAUCAGUAUUAGUUAGCGGUUAGCCUUAGACAUAGUCCUAAAACCCUAGAUCGAAUCGGUAUAGUCUGUAAAGUGUAAUGACUAUUUUUUUGUUUUUUUUUCGACCUGCCCCCCAAAAUAUGGUGCGGGUGCAUAUGCCAUAAGAAGAGUAAUAAGUGUGCGUGUGUGUGUAUGUGUAAUGGGGGAGUUUUUCCCCCCCUCAAUAAAAAACAAAUAUGUCCCGUUGGACCAGCAAAAGGAUCGUAGCAUAAGGCAAACUAUCACUGUACAUACUAUAUAUUGCGAAGAUACAUUUCCAUAGCACCUAAGCAGAUCGACCGAUUGUAAACAGAGGCCCCAAAGGAAUGAGGACACAACUAGUCAAUGUAGUAAGAGAUGCGACCCGGAUUUAAGUAAA